UGCUCUGUAUUCACAUUGGUAGAGUGUCUCAGCAGACAACACUGUACCUGGUCAAUGUGAUGGGAAGGGACAAGACGAAACCAAAAUGAAUUUUCAGGUGAAGCGUAAUAAGGGACAUACGUUGAAGGGUUUUACUUGUCGUACUGUAAAGGUAAACUUGAAUCGGUUGCCAUUUUCUUGCUGACCCAAUGAUUUUCGCCCUGUGACUGAGAUGUGAUGGCCCAAUGAUGAAAAUCAAGGAAUUUGAAUAGAUGCAUUUUGGAUUACAUUGAAGAGAAUCGCACGAACAUCAUUGUUUUCGAAGAGGAGAGACGUCACCUGGUUUGAACAUCUCGCCACAAGAGGACUAUUAUGACAGCGUUAGCUGGCUGUGACUUACACAAAUUCUAUUCAAACUCAUUGGUGUUGCAUUUCAUAGUUUUUCAGGCACAUAUAUAACGUUAGGCCUGUAUUUUGUAUUUUCUUGCGAUAAUCUGAAAAUCACAAAUUGAUGUCCGUCCAUUCAAUUGAUAUUCUGUUUAGUUAGCAUGAAGCUAACGUUAAAGGUAGCUUGCUAGCUAACUAUAUAAAAUGUUGUUAGCCUGGUUGCUUGCCAGCUACAAUGCAUGGACAACAUGACGCUUGUCGUCGCAGCAUGUCACUCUGGUUAUAUAGUUGAAGUGUUUGUGGGUGUUUGAAGCUUGCAAUCUAUUUAUCCAGGACACUUGACAUCAUGUAGAAUGUCUGGCAAAGCAGUUUUUGAGCUAAUUUGUUUGCCAUCUAAAUGCAUAUUUAACUAGCUAACUAGCCAGUUUGCAACGCUAGCAAUCUGGAUCAGAAAAUGACAGCUGGCAGUAGGGACUGACAUUGUGUACCUUGGGAUUGUGGCCAGCCAUGCGUACAGCUGACUGCAGUGUCUGAUUGUGGAAAUAGUUCAAGGUAAAGCCUUAUAUAAUCUGUUGUAAUUGGCUACUGACAGGGAAGAAUUUGACACUAGCUCCAGUUUUUCAUCCCAUUUUAAACGUGAUCAGUUGCAUCAUCACCUGGCUGUUUCUCAGGCAAUAUCAAAGGUGGACUGGAAUGCAUGCUUGUCCUUGUAAAACUGACUUGUAUUCUGUUAACGCCACAAUCACUAGUUUGCUUGACAGCUAAAUCAAGGUUCCACUAUCAAAAGAGAGCAUCCUUCAAAGUGCAUUACUGAAGAAAGAACCUUUUGACACCUGACGAAAAUUGGACAGUUACGUUGACAAUGGAGACUGUUGGAGACUUUGAAUACAGCAGAAAGGACCUGGUGGGACAUGGUGCUUUUGCUGUGGUGUUCAAAGGAAGGCACAGAAAGAAGACUGACUGGGAGGUAGCGGUCAAGAGCAUUACCAAGAAGAACCUCUCCAAGUCCCAGAUCCUGCUUGGCAAGGAAAUCAAAAUCCUCAAGGAACUUCAACAUGAGAACAUUGUGGCGCUUUAUGAUGUCCAGGAAACUCCCAAUUCUGUGUUCCUGGUCAUGGAGUACUGCAACGGUGGCGAUCUGGCUGACUAUCUGCAAGCCAAGGGGACACUGAGAGAAGACACUCUGAGGGUGUUCCUCCAGCAGAUAGCAGCAGCAAUGAGGAUCCUUAACAGUAAAGGCAUCAUCCACCGAGACCUGAAACCACAGAACAUCCUGCUGUCAUACACCAGCCGCAAGAGAUCCAGCAUCCACGGCAUCCGCAUCAAAAUAGCUGACUUUGGCUUCGCACGAUAUCUCCAGAGCAACAUGAUGGCUGCCACACUGUGUGGCUCUCCCAUGUACAUGGCCCCGGAAGUGAUCAUGUCUCAGAACUAUGACGCCAAGGCAGACAUGUGGAGCAUUGGGACGGUCGUCUACCAGUGUCUCGUAGGGAAGCCACCUUUCCAGGCCAACAGUCCCCAGGACCUGAGGAUGUUCUAUGAGAAGAACAAGUCGCUCCUGCCCAUCAUCCCGAGGGAGACGUCUCCUCCCCUUGGCAACCUGUUGCUAGGCCUGCUGCAGAGGAACCAGAAGGAUAGGAUGGACUUCGAUGCAUUUUUCAGCCAUCCUUUCUUAGAUCCAGUGUCUGCCAUCAAAAAAUCAUGUCCUGUUCCAGUACCCAACUGCCCUAGCGCUGUGACCGACAUCACCUGUGGCAGCUCGCCCUCUGUUCGCUACAACUCCCCUGCCUCUCUCCCAGACAUGCAGACGUUACCUGAGGACUGUCUGUCAUCGCCCCCCCUGGGCCCUCCAAACUACCUGCAGCUGUCUAAGGAGUCUGGAGGAAGCACCAGCAGCAAGAACUCUUCCAGUGACACGGAUGACUUUGUUCUGGUGCCACACCUCUCCACAGAGUCUUAUGACCAGCCAAUGGGAGCAGUGGGGCGUCGGGCGUCCGCAGAGUGGUGUGGAGGGCAGCCGCAGACCACCGGACAGACCCCCAUGGUGUCCCCCCGGGCAGAGACCACCCCCAUCCCUGUGCCCACCCAGGUGCGGAACUACCAGCGCAUCAAGCAGAACCUCUCCAACAGCCCCACCACCACGCUUUACAGCUCCCCCAGGUCUGGUACAGUGAGGCGGUCCAACACCAGUCCCAUGGGGUUCCCGAAGGUUGGCUCUGGGUCCCCCAGCUCUGCAGACUGCAGCCCUCAGAUGACAGGCAGACGUCUCUCUAUAGGCAGCUCCCGCCCAUACUCGCCCUCACCCCUGGUGGGCACAAUCCCAGAGCAGCUGGGUCACUGUUGUUGUGGACACACUAAGGGCCACGAGUCCCGCAGCCGCAGCUCCUCAGGAGGUUCUCCAGUGCCUUCGUCCCAGUUACUGGGGGCUCGCCUUCAGAGUGCCCCCACCCUGACCGAGGUCUACCAGACCAGACAGAAACUCCAUAAGCAGCUGUCAGACCCCAUCCAGCCCUCCACCUCCAACUACCCCCCCAGCCACUCCCCUCAUCUGGGUCGCCCUGGCAGUCUGGGCUCCUCCCCCACCAAACACCUGGGCUCCUCUCCCCGCUCCUCUGAUUGGCUGACAAAGUCACCGCUGCCCACCAUCAUUGGCUCCCCCACCAAGCCCAUCUCGGCCCCAUUCAAGAUCCCUAAGACGCAGGCGUCCUGUAACCUGAUGGCCCUGGCAGACAGUCCCACAACCACUAAGACCCUGGCGGACGCACGGGACAUCUGUGCCCACCACUGCACCCCCUAUCCCAGUGGGCGCCAGUCUGCCCCUGAGGCCAGUAGGACCACCUUUGGCAGGUCUGUCAGCACUGGCCGUCUGUCUGAACAGCCAAUCAGAAUCACUCUAGGGGGACAGCCCUACCAGGGAAGCACGGACAGCCUCAACACAGAGCGGCCCAUGGAUACAGCCCCGGCAGGACCGUUUGGGCUGGCUCAGCUUCAGGGCGGGGCGGCGAGUCCCCGGACCGUUCUCUUCACCGUGGGCUCGCCCCCCAACAGCAGCACCCCCCCUACCUGCAGCCACCUGGGCACCCGGCCGCGCACCACCUCAGUGGGCUCCAACAGUUCGGCAGGCUCGCUGUGCUCCACCAGUGGGCGAGUGUAUGUGGGAUCUCCUCCAGGCAUGGCAAUUGGGACCCCUCCCCAAGGGGGGGCAGAGGCAGGUCCCAGCAGCCUACGCUAUGUCCCCUACGGUACCUCUCCCCCCAGCCUGGAUGGAUUCAUCACCUUCGAGGCCCCAGAGCUGCCUGAGGAGACACUCAUGGAGCGAGAGCACACAGACACUCUGAUGCACCUACGGAUGAUGCUGUCCUUCACUGACUGUGUCCUGGAUAUCGCAGCGGUGCGAGCAGGAGGAGCAGACCUGGGUAUAUCGGCUGCCUCCCUCUACCCCCCUCAGGAGAGUGUGGUAGUGGACCAGAUCAGCCAGCUCAGCAAGGAGUGGGGGCAGGUGGAACAGCUGGUGCUGUACAUGAAGGCUGCCCAGCUCCUAGCCUCCUCCCUCCACCUAGCCAAGGCCCAGAUUAAAUCAGCCAAGCUCAACCCCUCCAGCGCAGUCAAGCAGGUGGUGAAGAGUCUGAACGAGCGUUACAAGAGCUGCAUCUCCCUGUGUCGGCGGCUCACAGACAAGCUGAACCACUUCUUCUCCGACAAGCAGCGCUUUGUAGAUGAGAUCAACAGUGUGACCGCAGAGAAACUCAUCUAUAACCACGCUGUGGAAACGGUGCAGUCUGCAGCUCUGGAUGAGAUGUUUCAGCAGACGGAGGACAUAGCCUACCGUUACAACAAGGCUGCCAUGCUGCUAGAUGGCCUCUCCAAGAUCCUCCAGGACCCUGCAGACAUUGAAAAUGUGGCCAAGUACAAGGCCAGUGUGGACCGGAGAAUCUCUGCCCUCUGCUACUGCACCGUCACACUUUACGAGUAGCAGACCACACACACACACACACACACACACACACACACACACACACACACACACACACACACACACACACACACACACACACACACACACACACACACACACACACACACACACACACACACACACACACACAGCAGGGGCAGCUGUGACCUCCCUGCCCUCCUCCUCUGCCCAGACGGACCACUCUCUACCCUAACCGUAGAACCUUGAGAACAAGCACAGAACCCCAAUGUUCACUCUCGUAGCAGUCCAAACACCUUUCAGAUUCUUGAUCUUUUUCUGAGUUUAAGCAAACAGCAACACGACAGAUGGUAUUAAACCUUCUUGGGCAUCGCAGACUGACCGCUGAAGUGCACGAGAGACGAUGCACACAUUCACUACCAAAGAUGAUCCAAUGAUCCUGUAACCGAGACAUUCACAGGACAUGAACAAGACACAGGCAUCUUCUCGCAUGCUGUCUGUCAACCGACUCCUUGAAGAGAGUGGGAUGAGGACACACACCACCAGAUCAAACAAACAGCCUUUUGUUUCUGACUUGCAGGAUUUUUAAAUUAUUUUGUACCAGAAGAAAGAGAUUGACACGAGGACAAUGACAACAGAGACUUAUACACCGAUGAAAAAGACAACUUUUUAAUGCAAAUCACAGUUGUUAUUAUAAUAAUGUAAAGGUUUUUACUCUGUGUUAUUAAUGCUGUUGUGAUUAUUUAUUGGUUUGGGAUAGAAGAAGGAUGAUGUCAAGCCGUCUGACAUCGUCUUUAGUAUUGAAGUGGAUGGAAGGAGUAUAUGAGAUUAGUCAACUUAAAGGCAGGCAGUCUGGCCAACACUGUAACAAAUACACACAUACUCAAACGCCCAAACACACUUUACAAUACAAGAAUACACACACACACACACACACACACAGACACACACACACACACCGUUACACACAUGGAAAGAAUCCUGAAGAGCAAAGGAAUCUGUAGAUUUGUAAUUAGAACUUUUUGUUCAUUUGUUAGCUGAAGCACUUUAUUGUGAAAAGUGGGGGGGGACACUUUAGGUUAGAGAAGUCUUAAUGCACCAAUUUGUAAGUCGCUCUGGAUAAGAGCGUCUGCUAAAUGACUUAAAUGUAAUGUAAAUGUAAGUGUGAAGGCUGCGAGCUGUAGCUCAAGUGGGUUAAAGGGAUGGGGGGGGGGGGUCUCACACCCUUCUCAGCCUGCAACACCACUCGCCCUGCCACAGCUCUCCCUCAUUGCUGGGCAACAUGCUCGCAUGCUCUCUGAAUAAGUGUUGCCAUGGAAAUGGGGUGAGGGGUCGUAUGAAACAUCCAGUCUCUACACAUCUCCACACCACUGGUGGGCAUUUAGAAUACUAUGGUAAGAAGAAGCCUGUGGGUGACAGAGAAUCAGACUAAAAUGUAUGUUUUCUUUGCCUCUGGAACAUUUAGCGGUGACCAGCAUAGGCAUUUGGGGAGGACGGGUUCCUGAUUAGUAAACCAAGGGUGCACCCCCCUCUCCAGGGUGAAUCAAGACAAAACAGUCAAAUUACUUGAGUAGUUACUUUACGUUUAAUUUUUGCUAAAUAAUACAGAAACAAGCUUUUUUAUGUUCAUACAUGAAUAACUGCAGCUAAUUUCCUUGUAAAUUGAUGUUUGCAGAAGUGUAAAAAAUGUGUAUGUGCAUGUGAUUUUGUUAUUUUGUUUUCUUAAGUGUGUGUGAGAGCACAGUGAGAGAGUGAGGGGGUCAGUGAGCAAGACGACGCCAUUGGAUGCCCAGCCUCUCAAAGAGCACAAACAUUUUUAUGUACGUAGAGAUUUGAUAUGCCCUUUUACCCAAGCCUGCCACGGGUUCAGUCAACCUACCUCCAUUGGAGGUCCCUGGCACAGAGGAGGGUGCCAACCACACGGCAGCUGCUCAGAACAUCUUCACACAACUUCCUCUUUAUACUAGGACUGUUCACAUACUAUACUGGAUAUGGGAAUUCUGUGUGGAGAGAUCAAAUCUACGGUGUAUUGGAAGUAAAGAAAGGCCAUGCCUAGCAACCGUUCAAGUCUGCUCUCUCCCCAAGCAUCUGCUGUGUUCGCAAUACAAUAGUGUCAGUGAGUCUGCACACGUCAGUUCUGCAAAAGGCCAGUGAUCCUAGAACGUCCAUUACAGAAGAAGAGCUGCCUCCAUAAGCCUGUUUGGAACGUGGGCAGACUCCUUUGAUUUUCUAUUGUACAUGUGUGAAUAGUGUGUAAUGCAUAAACUUGCAACUGGUGGCCACUAGUUUUUUUUGACGAUGUACUGUUCUUUUUUUAUAGACAUAUCCAAGUUUUAGUGAUUUAUUUUGCUUUUGUUCUUCCUGUGCCCUCUCUCCCCUGCUGGUGAGCACUCCACACCACAAAAAAAGCCUUUUCUGCACACUGAGUUGAGGGAGAAAUACAUUAAAAACAAUAGUCUGUCUGAAUUGACCUACUACAUGCAUCUAUUUAUAGCGCUGUGGUUUUAGGCCACACUCCCUCUCUAGCAGUAGUUUAUGAAGAAUGGAGUACUAACGAUGGACUGUUUUAGAGACAAACCAUUGGUACUAAGCACAUGUUAUAUCCCGUAGACUGAAUGUAUUUACCCUCCCUGUCAUUUGCACCUGAAGCUGAAUAUAUACCAACUCUUGAAAUGGUCAACCCCCCCCCCCCCAAACCGACCAUGAAAAUGCAACUGAAUUUCCACACACCUAUUUUUCAAUGAGAAAUUGUAAUGUUUUACUUGAUAUGUGGGCAUCUUUCUUUAUGGAACUCUACAAAUGCAGCCUUUGUUAAUUAAAAAGAAAAGUUGGAACCUCA